AUGCGCGUGCUCCCAUUGCGCCGCGAGCUCCCUCUGCGCGUGCUCCCAUUGUGCACGUUCCUGAGGAGUGGGCUGCCGGUGCCAGACGACGUGCUGUGGGUGGUACGCGAUCCCCGGUUGACCGCGAGGCUCCCAUUCUGCCUGCUCCCGCUGGGCCGCGCGCUCCCGUGCUGCGAGCUCCUGUUGCGCCGUCUCAAGGCCUACAACGAAUCGUUCACGCAGCUCCAGAAGCGCCUGCGCGGGACGCCAGUGGCGAACAUGACAGUUCCCGAGAGCUCCGACGCGGUCGCGCGCGGCAAUGGCGCAGCAGCGUGCGAGCCGGUCGAUGCGCCGGCCGCAGGUGUCAGUCAGGCUGACGCGGACGAUGCAGACGAGUCGGACUCCAGCGACACAGGCUCCAGUACAGGGAGCACGGACGACUAUUUUAGGGCCUAUGACAGCGACAAGGGAGGAUUUGCGGAGGAGGAGAAUCCAUCUUUAGAUAUAGAUGACUAUUGA